GAAGCUAUGAAAUUUUCUUUUAUCAUGUGCCAUGUUUUUUAGAUUCUAGUUAAUGGCGUGUAUUUUAUGGGGGUAGAGAAAGGGUUUAUAGAGAUGGCAGUUUGCAUUUGUUGUAGUUGAACAAAUCCAAUUGGGGAUCUGUUUUUGUUUUAAACAGAUGAUGUGUGUCUUGUUUCACUUGGUAUUCAUGUUUGUAAUGAUCUAGGGCUGUAUCUUUACCAUUUGAUUUUUAAUUGAGGUUUUAUGUGUUAUGAGAUGUUUGCCUUCAGAUUGUUGACACGCCUAUAAUGUUUUUGGGAAGACAUUCUUGAGAGAAUGCCAAUUUGUGGGCAUUGGGGCGUAAAUGUUGGAACAACUAGCAGCUCAAAGCAAGAUAGGCCGGACCAUGAAGCCACUCUCCAAAGUACUUCAGUUAUGAUUUACCCGUUUGGCAGAAUGGAGAUAUCUUCCUGGUGGUUAGGUAAGUCUAUUUUUUUAAUUCUAUACAAUGAAAAAUAUGUGAUUGAAAAUGACUGUGGAACUAAACUUUUGUGCUCUUAUAGUGAAACAAUAGCACCUUCUAUUACUUUCUUGGAAGAGACUCAGCACUAUAGAUUAUGCACGGUGUAAAAACAUAAAGAAUGAACUAGAGGUCAGUUUCAUUGCCCGGUUCUAUUUCACACCGAAUUUGAAAUUAAUUGCAAAUUUACCAUGGGGUCAUUCAGAUUUAAUAGAAGAUGAUGAAAUCUUCCCAUGAUUAAGAAUUUGUACAGUGAUACUGGCCGACUGAUGCAAGGUCAAUAUUUUAUUUCUUACAUGUACCGUGUGCACCUUUAAUCUUUUUUGCUGAUAAAUUUAAAUUGAUUUAUGUCUUACUUUUGUGAUACGUACAUCUUCUAAAAUGAUAUUUCCUGCCUUUACAUUUUGAGUAAAGAUGCACAGUGGAUAGCUCUAGGCACACACAGACACAUACUUUAUUAUGAUAUUUUAUGAGUAGGGCAUGUUUUAUUAGUUUGCUUAAUAUACUGAUCAUUUCAGGUCAAGAUAAAGACUCAUGCACUCAUGUUGAGAAUGAUGAAGUUCAAGUGGAGUUGGAGGAGGUGGUUGAUUCAUUUGUGCAACAGAUUUCGAUCAUAUUACUAUAUUCAAGUUAAAUAUAUGAAGUCUACGAUGUACAAGUGUAACUUUGAAGUAAAUUGGCAUUGUAGUCUACUUUUAAAAUUGGAUGACUUGUGUAUAAAGUAUUUGCCAAUUAAAAUGUUGAUAUGAAG